AUGCAGCGUUUGUGCAUUUUGCUGUUAAUUCUGAAAUUGUCUACAGCUGAGGACAGAUGCUCGCUGUGUCUAAAAAUUGUUACUUCCUCAAAAAAGGAAGGAAGUGAAAGUGAACAGCAAACAAAAGAGCGAGCUCUCAAAGCUGCAUCGUCGUUGUCUUCUACUGAUCGUUCUGUGUACACCAAUGAGUUGAACUGUCACUGGAUAAAAUACUAUGGAGAUGCUAAUAUGGCAAAACCACCGAGCUCACAUUCGAUUUGUGCAGAUACUGGAAUGUGCCCGUUACAGUAUCAAAAUCCUACGAGUUUCAACAUCGUGGAUAUUACAAAUACCACCAAAAAUUAUGGCAUUACUUGUACUAUGCCAAAAAUCAUCCUAGUACAUCACACUGCUACAAAGUCAUUCGAUGAUACUCUUUCUGCUUUGAACUCAAGAGGACUUUCCGUUCAGUACAUAGUUUCGAAAAAAGGAACAGUUUACCAACAAGUUCGCGACUUUUAUCGUGCAUGGCAUGCUGGUGCGGGAGUAUGGCGAGAGGUCACCGACGUGAACAGCUAUAGUGUGGGAAUUGAGAUUGUCAACACUGGAGACGAACCUUACCCACAAGAACAGAUAAAUGCUGUGAGCUCACUUGUGGUUAUGCUGAAGCACCGCUGGCAUGUUCAUCCGAAUUACAUCAUAGCUCAUGCCGACAUCACACCCGAGAAUAAGGAUGAUCCAAGCGGAUAUUUCCCGUGGUCAACCCUGUACGAAAAGGUCUCUAUCUAUCCUGGACUAUUUAACACUUCCAUGACUCAUUCGAGACAGCAUGGUGUGAUUAUUGGCAAGAACGUUACCUACACAGCCGCACGAUUGGAGCAAAUUCAAAAUGAUCUGAUGGAAUUGGGAUACAAAUCUCUGAUACUGAGGUCUGGAGUAUACGACACUAACACAGCAAUGGUGUUUCAAGCUUUCAACCGCCACUUUGCACCAGAGAUUUUCGUCAAAGAAAAAAUAGGCUCUAAUGAUGAAACGCAGUAUUAUGAGUCAAAUCAGUAUUGGUACGGUAUCUCACAGGAGCGCCUGCAAAAGCUUAUGAGCUGA